GCUGGAUUUUCUACCAACUUGAUAUGUAAUUAACUUUAACCCGUGUCCUUCGUUUGACGGCCGUUUGUAAUGUAAACGUAGGUGAACAUUGGGUGUAAAACUUGACGCUAACUGGUCUUAACGCUAACGUUGGGGUUCUGCAGAGGCACACAAGCUAGCUAAUUCAUCAUACUGGGACAGCUCUCAGGUGUGAUCUUGGGUGCUGCCAUCUAUAAUGGAAAACUCUACUGAUGACUACAGGAUCCAGUCAUUUGACCUGGACACACAGAUGUUGUUGAAAACAGCAUUGAAAGAUCCAAGUUCAGUGAACCUGGAGAAGGUAUCCAGUAUCAUCGUAGAUCAGUCUUUGAAGGACCAGGUGUUCAGCAAAGAGGCUGGACGCAUCUGCUACACCAUCGUGCAGGCCGAGGCCAAGCAGAGCAACGGAAAUGUGUUCAGGAGGAGCUUGUUGAACCGGCUCCAGCAGGAAUUCAAGGGCCGUGAGGAAACGAGGGGGCGCUCGCUGCAGGAGUGGGUGUGCUACGUCACGUUCAUCUGCAACAUCUUCGACUACCUCAAAGUGAACAACAUGCCGAUGGUGGCUCUGGUCCAUCCUGUGUUUGACUGUCUGAUUAGGCUGGCCCAACCCGAUGCUCUGAUGAAUGAGGAGGAGGUGGACUGCCUGGUGCUGCAGCUGCAUCGCAUCGGAGAGCAGCUGGAGAAGGUAAACAGUCAGCGGAUGGACGAGCUGUUCUUCCUGCUGCGUGACGGCUUCCUGCUUCAGGAGGGCCUGACCUCCAUGACCCGCCUGCUGCUGUUGGAGAUCCUGGAGUUCAGGGCCGGAGGCUGGAUGCUCAGCAGCACUGCCCACAAGUACUACUACAGUGAAAUUGCCGACUAGGAUUGUCGCAGGGUGCUGAGCAGCUGUUUCAUACAGGUGCGUUCGCCAGCCGUCAAACACCUUGGAUGACUCUCCAUAGUCGCCACUGAUUAUAAAACCAGCAUUUUCAUGUCGGACAGCGACAUCCUCCAGGAAAUCAGCGGAGGGUUUUGUGAAGAUAGUGGUUCAUAAACUGUAAAAAGACUUUGAUUUUGCUGGAUUGUUCCCUGCUUGUGAUAAUAUUUACCGAGACGUGGUGCCGUGUAGGUGGAACGUGCAAUAGUUGAGAAGAAGUUAAGUUAACGAGGUUUAGCCACAUUCAGGUACACUUUGUUUAAAAGGAGUUUCUUUUAAAGUUUGCUUACAGAUAAAGAAGCCGAAUAUAUUUUUUAUGUUUUUUUUUUAAUCUUGCAGGCAUUCCUGUUUUGAGUCCAAUUUAUUACUUUUGACCAAAUCCAAAGGGCUUGAAACAGACAUUCCAGUCAGAAGCAAGCUGAUUUGGUCUUUUUUACUUUUUUUUUUUAUUGUUGUGUGACCAACUUUUUAAUUUAAUUGAAAACCAAUAUUUGAAUUACUUAGAAUAUUUUAGUGUAGAACUGAACUUUUACAAAAGGUUUGAACUGCAGUUCAGAGGAAUUUUUGCCUAACUUGUCUUGUAGGAUUCCUGUUACUGUUUUGUUGCCUCUCAGUAUUUGAGGAUCAGUUGUCAGAAGAAGCGUUGUCUUAAUUCAGGGAUCUUCUUUUAAUUUUUUUUACAACUCAAAUAAAAUACCAAGAGAUUAGUUACAGUUCAUAUUUAAACUGUGUUUCUACAGAUAAGUCAGAUUUUAUUUGCAAGUUUUGUUUUUUUAAACAAGUCGUGCCAAAAUAACAAGAACGGCGUCGUCCAAUAUGGGGGACUCGAUGAGGAUUAAAAUCUUAAUUUAAAAGUUGAUGUGCUGGAGGACAGUGGUGGGGGAAGUACACAGAUCAUUUACUUAAGUUAAAGUAGAAAUACCACAGUAUAGAAGUACUAUUGCAAGUAAAAACCCUGCCCUUGGAAAUUGAGUUAAGUAAAAGUACAAAAGUAUUAGCAUAAAAGUACAGGAAAAUAAGUUUUAAUGCAGAAUGACUCAUUUCAGAAUCAUGUUACAUUAUUGGAUUAGAAUUAUUAAUGAAUCAUAAUUUGGAUUAUUAAUCUGAAUCUUCAAAGUAGCUAGUAAGUCAUCAAACAAGUGUACUGCUGUAAAAGAAAGUAAAAUAUUUCCCUCUAAAUUGUACAAGUACCUCAAAAUUGUGCUUAAGUAAAGUACUUGAGUAAAUAUGCCUAGUUACUAUCCACCACUGCUGGAGGAGUAGCUAUUUUCCUCUAUUCACAAAUACACAGGUCACUUACCAGUGUAAAUUAAGUCAUAGAAAAGUAUUUUUCCUUUUGAAUUCAGCUUCCACCAGCACUAGAAACAUGAUGUAGCUGAGCUCAGUUUUACGUUGUGAGUCUGUUGUUACCUUUUGUUGACACUCGGUGACGGCUUUACACCCAAAGCUGUGCCUUUGAAUCAGACCGACACGCAUAGGACACUCGCCAUGUGGUUCAAAUAUUACAUUGCUUUUGAAAUGUCGUUAUUUUGAAAAGCUGCACCUGUAAUAAUAUGUAAAUAAGUAAAGCUUAAUAUAAAAUUGGCUUUCACAGCAGUCAGACAAAUCAACCUCCGAUCAAUUCAGAGAAAAAAAAGUUUAUCUCCCAAAAUCCUUUUUUCUAGCUCCGUUAACGAUUUGCAUACAAACUGUGGGAUUUGUCACCACAUUCAGACCAAGUCAACAAAACAAACUGGCAAAAUAGGUUAAAGACGAUCAUCCUGAGAGUUAAAAUAGGAAUAACUCAGCUUGAAUGCUGUAGACACUAAUAGUCCCUUAAUGACAGGGCACAGUACUGUCUGCAAUACAUGUUUAUAUAUUUUAUUACACUGCUGCAACAUUUUUACAUUACUCAAUACCAUUUUUUAUGGUUGGGUUGUACAUUUAAUGCUAAUGUAUUUGUUCUAAUAAAUCUGGGAAGUUUUUCCUUAA